GAUCGCAACCCAUCAUAACCGACAAAUCAUCUCCCCUAAAGCACAACUAUGGUUUACUAUGCGUACAUCGAUGACAUCAGCGACAGCUCCUCCCCGCGAUACAUUGCUGUUUUCGCCAGCCGUGCAGUCGCCGAUGAGUGGUGGCGUGGCGUGUCCACUUCCGCCAAUACGAAGUACUCGGACAGUAUCAGACGUGUUGCCCCCCAGUUCUUUACCCACGACGUCAGCAAAGCCAACGCUGCCUCCUCCAUCACUGGCACCCAAGUUGCAUCUAGUUUUUUUGGCAAAGUGUUUUUCAGGCUACUGCCAAGUGAUGUCGGAUUUAGUGUCAUUCCGAUUCUAGAUCUCGUGGAUCAUGUUAGCGGGAACUUAUUUUUCAUCCGCUCCAAAGUCUCUCCUAACGAGUACUGGUACUGUCCGGGAUCGUCAACAGGCAACGUCACGCCUAACUCCAAAGUCUAUGUAUCGUGUACUGAGCGGACCCGCUUCCGGGUCCGCCUCAUCAACGAACGCAAGGACACUACAGGGACCAUCAUGAUUGGCUCUGAUGACAUCGCUAUUACCCUGACUUCCACCAACCUAUCCAUCAGAGUCUCCCGCAGCGGCCAUUUGAUCGUUUCGAAAAACCCUGAGCUAGGGCUGAAGUUCAGUGACCUUGUGAACGGAUUCGGGGUGGCAACUCCCUUGCUGGACAACGAGGGUCAUCGCGAGAAUGUAAAGGAACUCUUCAAGACGGAUGAUGGGGAAGAAUGGGAACUUGCUUGAACUGGUGUCAUUUGAUGUUGACAAAGCACUUGCAUAUGCACGCGAAGUUGGCUUUUACUCUUAUGAUAGAAGCUACGUCAACUCGUUCUGCAACUACAAAAGCAUGCCAGAUGAUGACAUCAUCUGGUAGAUAUUUCAG